AUGGCAGCAAGCCAGGAAACGUCAUCGGCUCCCACCAUCGAUGCGAAAAAGUUUUACCGCCGAUCGUGCACGCCCGAAGUUUCGGAGCCGGUCACGGGCAUGCUACUGGGGGACCUACCAGCGUGGCUUCAAGGUAGGCUUUUACGGAACGGUCCGGGAUUGUCUUCGUUUGGCCCCGACCACUACAACCACGCAUUCGACUGCCCCGCUCUGUUGAGGGAGUUCAGCAUCGAGAAUGGUCGAGUGCUUUACCAGAACCGCUUCCUGCGAAGCAAAGCGUACGUGCGCAACCGGAGGGCAAACAGAAUCGUUGUUUCCGAGUUCGGAACCGUGGCGCAUCCUGACCCUUGUGCCACCGUAUUCGAGCGGCUGGCGUCCUACUUCUACCCGGACUUGUCGGACAACGCUAUGGUGAACGUGAUCCUACUGGGCGACGAGGUGUACGCCAUGACGGAGACACCUGAUAUGAUUCGAGUCGACCCUGAGACGUUGGAGACUCUGGAGAAGAAAAGCUUGAGUAAAAUGGUGGCUGUGCACAGUGCCACCUCUCACCCCCUUUUAGACCCUGACGAUGGCGCUAUGUACAAUAUUGGUACGCAAGUAAGUACGCGUCCUUCCUUCAUGCUUGUUCAAUUUCUUCCUGGUGGAACCGAAAGCUUGGUGGACCGUGUCAGAGCCGUGGGAACGAUACCGUUGCAAUCUCGCAUAUCUGUACCGUACAUCCACAGUUUCGCAAUGACUGAAAAGUGGGUGGUAGUGCUGGAGCAGCCAACGUCCAUGCAUCUGCCUUCCAUGUUCGCGUCGAGGUACCUGGGCUACAAGGCGCUCAUGAACGCAAUGCAGUUUGAUGCUAAGAAGAACGUCCGCUUUCACGUAAUGAACAAGAAGACGGGGGAGCUUCACCCCACUGUGUUUGAGUCAACCGCAUUUUUCAUUUUCCACCACAUCAACGCCUUCGAACAGGGCGACGAACUCGUGGUCGACCUAAUAUGUUUGGAGGAUGACAGCAUCAUCCGGAGCUUCGACUACACGGUGAACACUCACAUGGCAUUCCAGUUGGGCCACUUGCGCCGCUUUUCGCUGCCUCUCAAUCGAAGCCCGGGCGAACGUGUCAUGAUUCAACCGCGGGAACUAGCCAAGGGAAAGCUGCGCGGGGAACUUCCACGAAUCAAUAACAACCGUAAUGGAAAACCAUACAAGUAUACUUACAGCCUCAGCAACGUCGAAGGCGAAGAACACAGGGCGUUCGUCUCCAAGCUUGAUGUCACUACGGGCGAUUGGCUGCACUGGGAAAGACAGGGGUGGUUCCCCUCAGAACCUGUCUUCGUAGCGCGUCCAGGUGCUGUUGAAGAGGACGAUGGUGUCAUCUUGAGCUCCCUUCUCCACGAGGACGACGAAAAGAAGCUGGCUUUGGUGGUAUUGGACGCGAAAACGCUCGAACAACUUGCCCUUGCAGAAUUUCACUGCCCAUCCUCAAUUCCAGCAGAUUUUCACGGAUGCUUUCUUGAGAAACAGGCGUAA